UGCAUCAGCAUCUGCAUCUGUAUACUAUAUCGGCGAACUACUGGUGGUGUCUAAUGUCUCACUGAACGCCAGCAUUGUCAUGUCAGUUUUGACAUCCGACAUCCAAGUGAGCAGUACUACGUUGAAGCUCCAGGAAAGCAAACUGGUAUCAGAAUGCUAUGGCUUUGGAGAUGAAUACACGUGCUCCUGUUCUGACAGUUACAUGUGGGCCAAUGAUAUUUGCUACACUUACGGCUGUUGCAAUGGAACUGCUUGCAACAUUACAGGACCCACGAAUAUUUCACUCUGCACUGCCAAAGUCAAAGUUCUCAUCAAUGGAUCAAUUAAAACGGAUUUUCCCUUGAGUAGUGCUCAAGAAUCUAUGGUGAGAAUUGCCUUCGGACAUCUAAGUGGCAAUGAGGACGUGAACUUUACCACUACCAGCGCACCAACUGCUAAGUUUGAGACAGCCCUCAGUGUCAAAGCCCCGGUCUCUAAAUUUAAAGAAAUAAUAACUUCCCUGCAGCACAAACUGGGGACAACUAGGGUUCUUGCUCUCAAAGUUGAAGGACUUGUCAACAUAGAAUCCCCAUCAUCUACAGUGUUCUACAAAACCAGCGUACAUUUUAAUUGUACAUUUGACACGGACACAGCGCCAGAGAAAAAGGUCUGGCGCUUCUAUAAAAACACCGCCGCCGCUAUUCUCAACACCGGAAGUGUGGUGACAUUGAACCACAACUGUGAAACACAGGGAAACCAGUUUUGUACUUCAGUUAACCUUAAAGAGGUGACAGGUCCCUGGAUAGGCACAUAUGAGUGCGCUUUCGUGAUCGGACCAGUCAUGUACACAGCCAAGGCACAAUUGAAUGUUGCACUCUUGCCUGAUGAGAUCACAAUGAAGAUAAAUCCUUUGAUAGUCAACUGUUUCGAAAGCUCUAAUGUUAGCAUCAAGGCAACCAUCGCAAACACCACAGAGACUUAUAAUGUUACGUGGCACUCUUCAGAUUCAAAGCUGACUGACCUAAAGAACACAACUUCUUCUGGGAACAUUGACUAUUCUGCCAUGGCUCACAUCAAGUGCGAUCAACCAACUAAAGACAAAUAUGUCAGGAUCACCUUCAAAAACAAAGUGAAUCGAGAAAAAAGUGAACAAUACACUAUCCCCGUCAUUUAUGAGAAUACCAUGUUUUGCAGCGACGACAACUCAGAUGGAAUUUGGCCAAAAACCCCAGAUGGAACUACGGUGACUAUUCAGACUUGUGAAAAUAAUACAGUCGGUCAUAAGACUCGCACUUGUAAGGGCAGGGAAUGGCUGCCAGUUUUCAACUCCUGUGUGGACAAAAAGUUGUCCGAGGUUGUCUCAGAAGCAGAGUUCUUCGAAAAAGGAAUGGGGGCUUCACAGGAUGUGGCCAAAAAUGUGUUUGAAGGACUAAAAAACUUCUCUAAUUCUGAAACCACUGAAUCUACAGCUAAUGUUAUUGGCGUCAUCAAAGUUCUAGAUGUGAUGGCCACUGCUUCAAAAACCUUUGCAAUGACGGAGGAAAUCCUGCCUAACUUUGUUGAAUCAGCAAGCAACAUACUGGACAAAAACUGGCAAGGUGUCAAUGAUUCUUAUAUUCAUAAUAUGUCAUCAAAAUAUCUCAAGUCUGUGGAGGGUCUGGUGAAGAAUAUCAAAGUGAAAAACGCCAGCAAUGUCAUCACACCAAACAUAAAUUUUGAAGUGUGCUUGGGUAGUGACUGUAAUCUGGCAGUGUUUGGCAUCAACGUGACCCUGCACAAUGGCACCAAAGUCAUGAAAACUGUUGGCUUGAAAAAUCUAAUUCACAAAUUACCAAAUAACUACCAGAAUUCAGAACAACUCAGUGACAAAAUAAUCGUAGUCACGCAAGAAGAAGAGAGUACAUCGCCUUUCAAAAUUACGUUGGAUUUCCCCAACAAACCGCCAGGACGCAGGAAACCAUUGUGCGUCUACUGGGACACUGAAAAAGAGGAUUGGUCAGAGGAAGGAUGCACUGUUAAAUCUAGUGAUAAUGGCAGCACACUCUGUGAAUGCAACCACCUCACUGCAUUCUCCAUCCUCAUGGGCAAAGGUAAUACACCUGACUCCAACCUAGACAUCAUUACCUACACGGGCCUUGCUGUUUCCAUCUGCUCCUUGAUCAUCUUCCUCAUCAUAGAGUAUCUCGUGUGGUCUGCUCUGAUCAAGAGUAAUCUUUCACAUUUCCGUCACACGGCAAUGGUGAACAUUGCCUCGUUCCGUUUGCUUGCUGACUGCAGUUUUUUGGCCUCCAGCAAUCCAAAAAUUCUCACAGAUGAAUGGUGCCUUAUUUUGACCAUAUGCAAGCACGUGUUUUACUUGGCCAUGUUCAGCUGGAUGCUGUGCUUGAGUGUGAUGCUUGUCCACCAGAUCAUCUUUGUCUUCAGUCCACUAAGGAAAAGAGUCUUCAUGUUCUUCUCCAGCAUCGUAGGCUAUGUUUGCCCAAUUCUCAUCGUGGGAACCAGCUAUUUGUUUUGCAAAUACACCAAAACAAAAUACUAUGAUAAAGAUACAUGCUGGCUAGUACAUGAAGAGACUUUGCAGGGAUCCAUGUUUGCUUUCCUCCUGCCUGUUGGAACUAUUACUCUUACAAAUCUGUUUUCCAUGGUGGUUGUCAUUCUCACUCUGAUGAAGACCGCGGUGCCGGGUGGCAGCCAGAAACAGGACAAGGAGACAGCAAAAAGCAUCUUCAAAGUGGUGCUCUAUCUAACACCUGUUUUUGGAAUAACAUGGGCUUUCGGCUUCCUUCUGCGAGUAUUAAAUGAGGACCAUCCUGCGUAUCGGUUUGUGAAUUACACUUUCACCAUCCUCAAUACCUUCCAGGGCCUGUUCAUUUUGAUAACUGGAUGUUUCACGGAGCCAAAGGUUAGAGAGGAACUGAUUACUCUCAUAACGGGCAAAAAAAAGGUUCACAGUCAGAAUCUGACUUCACACUCAUGCACAAAAACCAAAUGAAGGCAAGAGGUCAGUAUGAUAUGAAUAGCAUCAUCAUCAUUGGUGACAUACUGUACUGUGUGUUGAUUCUGAAACACUUGAGCCUUUUCUUCAGAAAGGAACCUUUGCUGUAGAAGAGUUUAGGUGGAGGAGAGUUUGAACUGAACUGAAUUUAAAAUGUUGGAUUUAUGUAUCCUUUACACUGGCAUGGCUAUUAAGUGUAAGGUUUUUCAAUAUCUUCUCUGCA